ACUUGGUAUCAUAAAUCAUAAUACAAAGAAAACAUUCAUCGUAGAUAUUCCGUAUUUCUUUUGCUGUUCAAUACGAAUUUAGGGCUUUUCGUGAGACGGGUUUAAUAGAUUUAGAAACAAAUAAAAUGAAAAAAAAGGUGGACGCCGGCCGACGGGGGUAUUUCAGAAAAUCAAAAAUACAGAACUACAAAGAAUUUAACUGGAUUUUCCGAAUCGCCGCCGCACUGAUACCAACAUAUUCGAGUACUCUGUAACGCGAACUUGGAUUAUUUAUUAAAUGUUUAACCGUGACGUUACGAGUUCGUGGAUUCGAGAACAACAGGUCGGUCCGCCAUCCGGCUACCGGUCCGUUUGCCGGUACAAUUGUUUAUCAUUGUCGUACCAAUCGGCAAUCACUAAUGUACCAUGUUUAAUAAAAAAUUUAUAUUAAGUCGACUUCAGAUAAUUCGAUCAUAAUAUCAUAUUUGUGUGUCGUAUACUACGUACUACGAAAUACGAAUUGCAUUGUAUAAAUACGACGCGCGGACUCGUUUCGAAGAAGUGUGUUCGACGAUUAUAUUAUAACAAUUAUUGAGGAUCAUACAUAAUAAAAAAAUAAUUAUAAAAUAUAUGAUAUAAUUAGCGAUUGACGUAUCAUAUUAUUAAUUAACAAUUAUUUUGAGGUCCGAACUCCCAACAGCCAACAGAGCCCAGAAAGAACGAAAAUUAUACAGUUUAAUUAACAGUAGUAGACGACUAAUUAGAUAAGUGUGGUACCGAUAUAACUUUUUUUGUGGCAUUACCCGACGUCUGGGAACGACUAAGUGACUCACCACUUCCACGAGUUUACCAUGGUCGACAUCCUCACGGCCUGCAAAAGACUACCAGCGGGUAAGGCUACAGGGCCCGACGGCAUACCCAACGAGGUCCUACUUCACGUAUCGCGACUCCGUCCUCAGGUUUUACUAAAAACCUUCAACGCGUGCCUGGCCCGCAGAGAGUUUCCAACACGUUGGAAGGCGGCCAGACUGGUGCUCCUCCACAAAGGUUCCGGCAAUCCAAUAGACGAACCAUCGAGCUUCAGGCCACUGUGCAUGCUCGACUCGGCCGGCAAGCUGUUAGAGCGCCUGGUGUUCGGCAGGCUCAACCGACAUCUCGACGACACAGGUCAGCGGUCCGAAAACCCCAGUACGACUUCCGCAACGGCAGGUCGACCGUCGACGCAAUCGAGCGAGUGCUCCAAGCCGCUCACGACGCGGCCACGGGCGUCGUUCAGCAUCGGGACAUAUGCGUGGCCGUCUCGCUAGACGUGAAAAACGCUUUUAACACCGCGCCAUGGAGGAAAAUCGAUGCCGCGUUACGAGCAAGUCAGAUCCCCCCAUAUCUGAACAACACCAUACGAUCUUACUUUGACGGUAGGAAACUCCAGGUCGGCCAGUCGCUGCUCAGCAGGAACGUCACCUGCGGCGUCCCCCAGGGCUCGGUUCUUGGACCAUCCCUGUGGAACGUCUUCUACGACAAACUGCUGGAACUGGAGAUGCCGUCGGGCGUCCAACUAGUGGCCUUCGUCGACGACGUGUGCGUCUUAGGCAUCGCCCGCAACGGAGAGGCAGCAGCAACCUUACUCAAUCCAGUGCUGGAAAAGGUUUCAGACUGGAUGACGAGCAACGGACUGAAGCUAGCCCCUGCUAAAACUGAGGCCGUUGUCCUAACGAGGAAGAACAUUUACGUCGACCCGGAGCCGUUCGUAGAAGGUCACGCGAUCCCAAUCAAACCGUCCAUGCGGUACCUCGGCGUUGAGCUCGACACGCGGCUGUCGUUUACUAAACACAUCCAUCAGAGUUCCCUCAAGGCUUCUCAAUCGGCGCUCGCCAUAGGCAGGCUCAUGCCCAACAUCGGCAGGCCGUCCCAAAGCAAGAGAGCGUUACUCGGGUCGGUCGCAAAUAGUAGAAUGCUAUACGCCUCCCCCGCCUGGGCCGUCCGAGGGACGAAAACCGCGAAAAAUCGCCUCGCCAUGUCCAGGUCUCAGAUGACCACCGCCCUCCGCACCAUAAGAGGCUACAGGACGAUAUCCACCGACGCGUCAUCAGUACUGUCGUCUAUGCUGCCGGCAGACCUCCUCGUCCACGAACGGGCCAGAGUGAAGGAUCAGCUAGCGGAGCAGCUAGGACCGACGACAACGGCCGCGACCAAAGCCGAGGAGAGGAAAAUAUCCAUAAACUCCUGGCAAGCGAGAUGGGACCGGUCAGCAGCCACUCCGGAGGCCGUCGGACGGAGAUGGACGCACCGGUUGCUGCCCGACAUCGGACGGUAGCUAGCGAAACCAGAAAUGAGCCUCACCUUUCAGCUGACGCAGGCACUCUCCGGACACAGCUGUUUCCGGAGCUACCUGCACAGAUUCAAACAGGCCGACGACAGGUACUGUGUCUAUUGCAUGGACCCAGAUGACACAGCCGAGCACACAGUGUUCUCCUGCCCAAGAUGGCUGGACGACCACGCCCGCUUAACCGAGAUCCUGAGGCGAUCCCUGAACGCCGGGGACGUAGAGGACAUUCUGUGCGGCCCCUUGCCAGCCGACCUGCCCGAAGAACCCGUCUCGAGGAGACGUAUGCUGAUGCAGGCCAAAACGAAUCGGGACGAACUGGUUAAAAUGGUUGAAUCCAUAAUGACUACAAAAAAAGAAGACGAACGGGAAGAAGAGGCCUACUACAGAGGAGUAUUGAACAGGCGAAAAGCGGGUCAAGCUCCAGCCUGAGGCGCAACGAACGGGACCAAGAUGAACAGCACGUCUAGGCACACCACGCAACGCACAAUCGCGAGUCGUCGAAGGUGUCACCGACCACGCUGUUCAUCCACACCGAUGACACCACGGGAGGGAUUAGACUAUACCGGAAGCGGAGGACUUCCAAUGAUGAGAAGGGACCAGCACGAGACAACCAGGAUUUCAUUAAAAUUAAAGAGAACUGUUUGAAUGGUUCCUAAAUUACAAUAAUAAUUUUUUUAUUAAGUGUUUUUGUUAUUUAAAAUAAGUAAAGCAUAAUUGGGUUGAACCCUAGCUUUUGAGUCCGAGGAAAAAUGAGAAAACUCAUAAUUGUUUUGCCUCAUGACACAUUUAACUUACCUAACAUACUUAAUCAUAUUACGAGUAUGACUGUGUAAUAUAUAUAGAUAUUAUUAAUUAUAUUUAUAUACAAUAGUUUUGGGAUUUUCAUUGAUUUUAAUAAAUAACUAGGAGCUCUCAUAAUACUUAGUGCAUAUUUCGAUAUUUUAUUAGACAUUUUGGAAAUAUAUACUAUUGUAAUAUAAGAAAAAAAUAUUACACUUCUAUUGUUUCGGCUAAAAUCAAAAUAAAUUAAUAGAUAUACUUGUAGGUAUAAUCGGUUUUUCCAAAGAUGACCUUAGAUCAAUAAUCGGUUAAAUAAAAAAUGUAUAAUGAGAUAAGGAAAUAUCGAUUACAACCAUUGACCAUUGACAUUAUUUCAGAAAAAAUGAAGAAAAGUAUUUAUAGUAGUGUUUCAUAAUUUUAAAAUAUUGUUUUAAUUAAAUGUUUAAAAAAUAAAAUUUUUUUUUAAAUAUUUUUAUGCAUAUUUAUGAUUUUUUAACGCUUAUUUGAUUUGUUUUUAAUGCAUAUUAACCCACACUCUAUACAUAACCUAACAAAAUGAUUGAUUUGCAGCCAAAGACUGGACAAUGUUUCUAAAGUAAAGUAAUAAAUUGGUAAUUGUUCAUCAAGACUCAAUACGAGUUUGUACAUAAAUAUAAUAUUAAUUACCAAUAUAUUAUGUAUACCAAAAACAAUUACUAUAUACAUGAUUUGGUGUAAACAUGUAUAAUUUGAGGUGAAUAUGACAGAUUUACAAAUAAGUUUUUUAAAUUAAUCCAGUCAAAAAAUAUUAAUAUUGAAUGCUACAUUUACACACUUCAAGACUUGAUAUCAUGAUUUUCAAAAAUUUUAAUUUUUCCCAUUAUAAGAUUAUUUAUACCCUUAGCUUAAAAUUUCUUCUAGAUAGUAUCGAAAAAAAAAUAGGUUGGUUUAAAUAUAUUUCAAUUGUAAUUCUUGGUACAUACAAUAGAUUACUAUUAUUAAGGUUAAGAAUAAUAAUUUUAACCAAAUAUGAAAUACUUACAUAAUAUGAAAGGUUUUAUUUAAUGUGAUAUGAGUAAUUCAUAUCUUAAAAGUUAAUAC